AUGGGUCGCACGGGUGUUGCACGUAGUGGUGGCACCACGGUUGGUGGCCUGUUUGAGCUCGCCCCUUUAGGCCCAUAUCUGGGCCCUUUGGGCCUGAUCCAUGUUAGGGCGGGUCUGGCUCGACCUCGCUGCCUUCUACUCAACUACGAGAAGUUCGUGACAUGGGUGGCAGUGAUGACUGAUGACACCGCCCAUGCUGCAGCAUGGCUGCAAUGGCCACCGAACCGUACUGGGCGCUGGUCGGGCACUCGGGCCGGACAUGUAACCGAGCCAGGCUUCACCGGGCCCGUUCCACCUGACCGCCAGACGCGACGACGCACGUCACCUGCCUUCACAGGUCACAACGAGUGCUCCCAGAAAAAGUUCCCCGCCGCCGCCGCCCCUGCGCUGCCACCCUCCCCGGCAGCUUCUUCGCACUCCCCGCAGGCGGCGGUGUGCCUCGUUGGCGGCGCCCCACGGAGGAAGCAGCUGAUUCGCCAGCAGAGGAAGUCGCUUCCUAUCGCGCCAGGGAUAUUGAGUUUGUUGUUGUUGAUGGUGGUCGUUUCUGUUGGUGCAGUGGAGAAAAGGCUUGUUGAGGAGGUGAGGAAGAAUGGCACGCUCAUCGUUGUCGGCGAGACCGGGAGUGGCAAAACGACCCAGUUGCCACAGUUUUUGUAUGACGCUGGGUUUUGUCAGGAUGGAAAAGUCAUUGCCAUCACCCAGCCUCGAAGAGUUGCAGCUGUUACAGUAGCAAAGCGUGUUGCUGAGGAAUGCAAUGAUCAGUUGGGCAGAAAAGUUGGAUACUCUAUUAGAUUUGAUGAUUCCACAUCCAAUGCAACAAGGAUUAAGUACAUGACUGAUGGUUUGCUUCUAAGGGAAGCACUUUUGGAUCCGCUAUUGUCUAAGUAUAGUGUUAUAGUCGUUGACGAGGCCCACGAGAGAACCGUCCAUACAGAUGUAUUGCUUGGUUUGUUGAAAAAAGUGCAGCAAUCCCGAUCUCUUUGUUCCAAUAACAAUGGAAAGACUUUGUCUGACAGACAAGACCCUCAAAGUUCUAGUCUGAAGGCAAGCCAGGGAAUAAAAUUUGCGCCUUUAAAGCUGAUUAUUAUGAGCGCCAGUUUGGACGCCAAGUGUUUUUCUGAUUAUUUUGGUGGCGCUAAAGCUGUACAUAUUCAAGGGCGGCAAUACCCUGUCGAAACACUGUAUACUUAUCAGCCUGAGUCGGAUUAUCUAGAUGCUACACUAGUUACGAUCUUUCAGAUCCAUUUAGAGGAAGGACCUGGAGACAUUCUUGCAUUUUUAACGGGUCAAGAGGAGAUUGAAUCACUAGAGAGACUUAUUCAGGAGCGUGCUCGCUUACUUCCACCAGAUAGUAGUAAGAUAUGGAUUACACCUAUCUACUCAUCGCUUCCAUCAGAGCAGCAAAUGAAUGCUUUUAAGCCAGCACCAUCUGGAAACCGCAAGGUGGUUCUAGCAACAAAUAUUGCAGAGACUUCCGUAACAAUACCUGGUAUUAAAUAUGUUAUUGAUCCUGGGAUGGUCAAAGCGCGCGCCUACAAUCCUGUAACUGGAAUGGAAUCCCUAAUCAUUAUCCCAGUUUCUAAAGCACAGGCUCUUCAAAGGAGUGGUCGUGCUGGACGUGAGGGGCCAGGGAAGUGCUUCCGUUUGUUCCAAGAAUGUGAGUUUGAUAAACUGGCGGAAUCCACUGUUCCUGAGAUUAAACGAUGUAACCUUGCGAAUGUUGUACUACAGCUCAAAGCUCUUGGAAUCGAUGAUAUCAUAGGUUUCGAUUUUAUGGAGAAACCAUCGAGGACAUCUAUUUUGAAAUCAUUGGAGCAAUUGAUUUUACUCGGAGCUUUGACUGAUGAUUAUAAGCUGUCAGAUCCAGUUGGUAAACAGAUGGCUAGGCUGCCUUUGGAUCCGAUGUACUCCAAGGCAUUGAUAGUGUCAAGCGAAUUCAAGUGCUUGGAAGAAAUGUUGAUUGCUGUUUCUAUGCUUUCAGUGGAAUCAAUUUUCUUCACCCCACGCGAGAAAUUAGAAGAGGCAAGAGCUGCUAGGAAGAGUUUUGAAAGCUCAGAAGGAGACCAUAUAACUUUGGUGAAUGUAUUUAGAGCCGCUGCAGAAUGCUUGGAGAAGAGCAAAAACGCAAAUGCAAAAGAAAAAACAAUGGAGAAGGCUUUGAACAGAUGGUGCUGGGAGAACUUCAUCAAUUACCGCUCUCUAAGACAUGCUCGUGAUGUUCACAGUCAAAUUCAGGGCCAUGUCCAACAGAUGGGUCUUAACCUGUCAUCAUGUGGAGAUGACAUGGUUCAGUUCCGGAGAUGCCUCACUGCUGCUUUCUUUCUCAACGCAGCGAUGCGGCAGCCAGAUGGAUCAUUCAGGGCUAUUGCAACUGGCCAGAGCGUGCAGAUGCAUCCUUCCUCUGUGCUCUUCCGCACCAAGCCGGACUGCGUCAUCUUCAACGAGCUGGUCCGGACGACCCAGAAUUACGUGAAGAACCUGACGCGGAUCGACCCCUUGUGGCUGGCUGAACUCGCCCCACAAUACUACGCAACAGAAGACUAGUUUUGGUUUUUCUUAUGAUCCAUAGUCGUAGUUCCUUGUAACAAUCCUGUAAUAACAUUAGCUCGUUAAA